CGAGAAAUGAUUUAGAUUUAUAUGCCAACAAAGCUUUUGAUUACGACUACGAUGGUACGUUAAUUAUUUAUUUUAAGAUAGCUUUUUUAACAAACUCAUUUUUUAAAUUUUAAAUCGACUAAACUUUAAGAAAAGUAGCAUGGAUUUUUGGUGUACGUGUACAUAUAUCGACAAAAGUGAUAUUUAGUUAUUUUUCAGUUAUUUUUCAUUUUUUUCUUCUAUAUUUUCUAGAUUCUUCUUCCGGCUACGAAUCUACAGACAUCUCUGAUGUGGAUUCCUUAAAGUCUGCGGAGUCACGUGACAGUCUUGACAGCUUAUCACAUGACAGCUACAAUAAUUUCCUGCCAGCGGAUGAGAAAGAAGAAGUAAUGAACUUCCAAAGCACGCAUGCGCUUUCCGAACAUCUGAAGCUGAUUCUCGCUAUGCCCGAGAUGUGUGACGUUACAUUUAUUGUUGGACCACGUGAAGUCCCCGUGCAUGGAGUUCGUGCAAUUAUGGGCACGCGCAGCAGAAUUAUGUAUCAACUUAUUUUGAAACACAUGCAUAUGAGUGCAGCUGACGAAGAAACAAACGCCAAAAAGAACAAAAAAUCAAAGAAGAACACGUGCAACAGGUCUGUCGGAAUUAGCCGGUCAUUAUCGCAGAGACUAGUUAUCCCCGUGAAGAAAUACGAUUCAGAGGUGUUCCGAAUGCUCGUCCAGUUUAUCCACUGCGGCAGUGUGACUAUAACCGAGGAAACUGUAGCUGGUUUAUUUUGUGCUGCCGCGCAUUUCGAGCUGUCUGAUUUGAGUAAAGCAUGUUUAGAUUUUGUUGAGAGGUGUCUGAAUGCCGGUCGAGCUGAGAAGCUACUCGUUUAUACAAGAUGUUACAGUCACCACAAGGCUACAAAGAUGCUAUUUGAUCAGGUAAAUGUCACUUACAAUAAACCGUCAAUACUUUUUCUUAUCGUUAAAACCUUUUAACGAAACUUAGAAAGUAUUUCAAUAUCGAAAAAAGUCAUCUCCAAUUUAUGAUUCUGCCCGUUACCUGCAUAAAAACAAGUAGUAACAGAUAAUUCUGUUUGCCGAAAACCAAACUGCUAUAUAGAUGAAUACAAUUGUUUUUCCACUGAACUGUGUUUGAUACACAACUUAA